AUUGUGCCACAGCAUUCGCAACAACAACCACACCAACGUCAGCCGUACCGCGCAUCUCCAGCGCACACCUGCCACCUCUCGCGCACAGCCAUGAACUCCGUCGCAGCAAAACGGCUCUUCCAAGAGUACAAAGCACUCAGCCUCGACCCGCCAGAUGGUAUUACUGCUGGCCCUGUCAACGAAGAAGACUUGUUCGUAUGGGAAGCUCUCAUACAAGGCCCAGAAGGCACGCCUUUCGAGGGCGGUGUCUUCCCAGCCGAGCUGAAGUUUCCGCGCGAUUACCCACUCAUGCCGCCGACCAUGAAGUUCCUAUGCGAUAUGUGGCAUCCAAAUGUCUAUCCUAAUGGCGUCGUGUGCAUAUCCAUCCUCCACCCCCCUGGUGACGAUCCAAACCACUACGAACAAGCGUCCGAGCGAUGGUCACCCAUACAGAGUGUCGAGAAGAUUUUGAUCUCAGUCAUGAGCAUGAUCGCCGAGCCAAAUGAUGAGAGUCCGGCCAAUGUGGAUGCUGCGAGGCAGUGGCGCGAGAGGAGGAAAGAGUACGAGGCGCGCGUCAAGGCGGAUGUGAGAAGAAGUCUGGGGCUGUGAACGGGGAAUAAGAUGCUUAGGAUUGCGCAGCGAGCGCGGCGUAUGGAUAUGAGAGAUGAUAUUACGUGGUAUGACACAGGAGCAUAGCAUUGGGUAUUGGCAUCGGAGGAAUUACCUGCACAUGUGCACAACAGAGAGCGCAAGGGGAGCAUAGCAGCUCUGAUACAAGCUGUGAAAGCCGAUCGAAGAUGGUCGCGAGACACAAGAAGAGCUCGCUAUUGCCCGUCAGUGGCUUGUGCCUGCUCGCUGCUGUACAUGAGCUCUUUGAGAUAUCAAUGCCAAGGUAAGAAUAUCGGUCCCGCUACGAAUCGGAGGUGGAUCUUCCAGAAGCACUGCGAGCCAGAUCACCUCCAGGUGGGCGAACGGGGCGACUUUUCAUCAUGCUGCCCGAACAUUUUGUAGCAGCACAGCAGCCGCAGGUGUAUUGGUUACGUCUAGAACAAGGAAGCGUAUGCCUUUGCAGAACUUGGUAGCUAAUCUAGCCACCGCCCAGACUCUCGGGCCGCCAGUCGGAGGCCUCAAUGAGGACGCACUCUUCGGUGUCG